CAUAUAUUUAGUAUAACAAGACAACAGAGUACCAGAGUGGGUCUCAUCAACAGACGUGACUGCUCAUUACGUUCAGUCCGUUACUCUUGUGUCACGAAAGUGCUGCAUUAUUAAAGUGGUCCAAGAUGCCGAUGAUACUGCGGUCCAGAAAAUCCACGGCCCCCAGUGAGGCCAGAGAGAUAGUGGAGAGUGAGGAAGAGUCCCUGGACACAACCCCGUCAACGACGAGAACGUCGACCCGCCCGCACGGGAGCACUACGUACGAGGAAUCCGAUGAGUCAGACGCUGAGACUGUCCACAGCCUCAUGAUGGAGGAGACACAUCAAAGUCUCCCUGCUGAGCUGGAAGAGGAAACUGCUGAGGAGGCUCAUGUAACGGAGCUAAAGUAUUGUAGUGUUGUGCUGGAACGUCUGCGGGCUGACGACAAGGCUGCGAGUAAAGAGCUUGAGGAGAAAGAAGACAUGAACCGCAAAGGUGGGAAACCCGUCUCCCGAAUCCCCACUUUCCAAAAACGACCAACCAGCGUAAACCAGACCACGGAGCUGCCUGUUCCCAAAAAAGACCCCCCCCGUCCACGAAGCUCAGCCUUCCGAGAAAGCUGGGAGCGUGGAAGCAUUGAAGUCCCAACCGCCCGAUGUCAGAGAAACAGCGCUCCCCCUGCCGACGAUCCACGGCCCCAAAAUUGGCUUUGAAUCCCCUUCUCUGUUCAGCAGCACGGAACAAGCCACCGCUGCAGCACCUAGUCCCCUAAUUACUGCACCGAAGAGUUUGUAUGAGCCUGUGCAAUACUCUUCUAUGAUUGCGAGCCCCAGGCCUGCCCUCAGACCACAGCAAGACACGGAGCAAGAUGAGAGCCAAACGUUUGAAACAGAAGCUGACGGCGUACAGGAUGCCCCCAAAUCUCAUCUCCCAGACGAGGGCACCAUCAGCCUAAAGAAGUACGACGCGGAGGUUAAAGACAGCAUUACCUUCUCUGACUCUGGAGAUACCGAAGAGGUACACAAACUUCACACAACUGAAGUCAGCCAAGAGGAGGCUAUCAUGGACGAACAGCCACCGUGGGAGACGGGGCCGACAAACUCGCUCGAAUUUAAGGACAGUAGAUCUUCAUCGGAUGUUGAAUGUGAGGAUGAUUUUGCAGAAGAAAAGUCUGAGGGCCCUGAGGAUUCAGGGGAGGGGAAGGAGCACCAUGAACCUCUUAUAACCCAGUCUGAGUUUUUACAUCAAGCGUCGACAUCUCCUGCAGCACCAGAGAAGCCUGCCGAAGCUCAACCAAGCAAGUCGACUAAGAGUUCAGGACGCUCCAGUUUUGCCCUCUUCUGCUUCCUGCCCACCACCUUGCUGCUUCUCGGGGGGUUUGGCCAGCAUGUUUGGCACUACGGGCUCCCCAUGUCUGUGGCUCAGCUCACAGCUCAGAUGGAGCUGCACUGGCUGGAGGGCUUUCUGGUACCAGAGCCUUGCAGCACUGAUUGUCGAGUGCAGCUGGUGGAGAGCAUCCCUGUGGGUCUCUACCCGUCUUCUCCUACGUCCAGACGGAGCAUCGCAGACAGCUGGCUGCAUCUGCUGGACAAGGCCAACAGCUCGGUCAAUAUCGCUGCUUUCUACUUCACUCUACGAGGCAGCGACUACGCGGUCUCCUCUGACUCUCAGGGAAGAAUGGUCUUUGAGCAACUUAAACAACUUGAAUCUAAAGGUGUGAAACUCCAGAUUGCCGUCAACGCCCCCCAGACCUCGACUCAAGAUACGGCAGAAUUGGCUGCAACAGGUGCAGAAGUGAGAGAGGUUGAUCUCAGCGCUGUAACUGGAGGCAUCGUUCACACCAAGCUGUGGGUGGUGGAUCAGAAGCACUUCUACUUGGGAAGUGCUAACAUGGACUGGCGCUCCCUAAGUGAGGUGAAGGAGGUCGGCCUGUCAGUGGAGGACUGCAGCUGCCUGGCUCAGGACGCCUCCCGGAUCUUCGGGGUGUACUGGAGCAUUGGCGGUGCGAACAACGGCUCCCUGCCCCCGUACUGGCCCGCUCGAUUCUCCGCCCUGUCCAGCUCCCAGAAUCCCCUGCGCCUGAAGUUCAAUGGAGUGCCUGCUCAAGUCUACUUGUCUAGUGCCCCUUCGCAGAUCUCAGCGCGCGGCCGCUCAGACGAUCUCUCCACCAUCCUGUCUGUCAUCGCAGACGCUCAGAAAUUCAUUCACAUCUCUGUCAUGGACUACCUUCCUCUGUCUCAGUUCACAAAGCCACUCAGGUUCUGGCCGGCCAUCGACUCGGCGCUGCGUGCUGCAGCCUGCACCAGAGCUGUACAGGUCAGACUCCUGGUCAGCUGCUGGAAGCACUCCCCUGCCUCCAUGUUCACCUUCCUGCAGUCCCUGCUGCUGCUCAACAGGCCUCAACUGAAGUGCGACAUUGACGUGAAAAUCUUCACCGUGCCUUCAACAGCAGAGCAGAUGAAGAUCCCCUUUGCACGAGUCAAUCAUGCCAAGUACAUGGUUACAGACAGAGUGGUCUAUAUAGGGACGUCUAACUGGUCGGAGAACUACUUCACUCGCACAGCUGGAGUGGGCUUGGUGGUGAACCAGACCGGCUCUGAGGUUAAAAAAGGCCAAGAGACUCUGCAGAGCCAGGCGGAGGAGCUGUUCCUCAGAGACUGGACGUCAGAGUAUGCCAGCUCUCUCUCUGUGGAUGAUACGGAUGUCUGCCCGCGCGGCCCACACUGAGACUGUUAUUUAAUAAAGCACAUUGCAUUGUAGAUGAGCCUCUUGCCUGCUCCUGCUACUUGAACUUUACUUGACUUAAGAAGAAUCUGCUUGCUGUAGUGUGAAUGAACACACUUUAUUAUAUUGCCGCUUCCUGGCUGGCUGCCUAUUUUUUGUAUAUAAUUACGUUUUUAUAUUUCGUUUCAAGGCGUGUUAUUUUUUAUACUGUAUUGUUCCGACGGUUUUCUUAACAUAAGUUAAAGCGCAAGAAAAGUCUCUUUGUACAAUUUAUUUUUAUGCCUCGAGCAAUCUGUAUAUUUUCCCUUAAAAUGUGUGUGCCAAGUUGCAACAAUCUCAUUCAGGAUAUAAACAUUUCCAAAGAGUUGCAGACACCAUGGCCAUGUUUGCGCUGCUUGAGCUAUCAGCUGUUAAUGUUUGUGUGUAGUGAAGCCAUAUGUCGGCUCUAUUAGUUAAACAUUCCUGUAAAAUACUUUGCAUUUUCAAUUCGUAACUGACUGGUUCACAAAGAAAUCCAAUUUGAAUGUGUACCACUACAGUAAAUCACUUACUUGAA